GUUGUCGCUAAACCGAGGCUGCAAAGUGCGUCACAACGAGGAUCUUGCAGAUAACACUGAGCCGGACAGCGUCGCGUGCAGACAUCUCCGCUUCCCUUUUUUUUUCCUACGUUUGGAAAUAAAACCAUUUUCUUCGCGGAAAUAUGGUGAAGAUUGCUUUUAACCCGGCGUUGGCGCAGAAAGCUAUCGGAAAGGAGCCCGUCGCGGUGAAGGACCCGGAGCUGGGUGCAGCUCCAAUAGGCAUCGCAGGUUCCACAGGUCGCUGCUUGGUAACACUGCUGGGCAUCGCCUUCAUCCUUAGUGGACUCAUCGUGGGGGGAGCUUGUCUCUAUCGCUAUUUCACCCCCAAGAGGCUGUAUCACGGGGCUAUGCAGUUCAGUGACGUGUCUGCUGGGGGCGAUGUCGAGAGCCGGCCAUACUAUCUCCCAAGGGUGGAGGAGGAGGUGGAGAUUUCGGACAGCAUGGCCGUCAUCAGCGUCCCUCCGCCCCGCUUCAGGGCCGGAGACCCCGCCUACAUCCUCCACGACUUCAACAGGAAGCUGACCGCGUAUCUGGACCUGACUCUGAGGACCUGCUUUGUGAUCCCACUGAACACAUCGGUGGUGCUGCCCCCACAGGAUCUCAUCGACCUCUUCUCACAGUUGAUGUCUGGCUCGUACCGCAGCUACCUGGUGCACGAGGACCUGGUGGUGACCGAGCGCAUCGACGACAUCAAACCUCUGGGCUUCUACAUUCGCCGACUGUGCAACGGCAAGGACACCUACAAGAUGGAGCGCCGUGCCAGCCUCCCAGGUGGAGGCAUCCAUAAGCGCUCCGCAGAAGAGUGUUUCACCAUCCAUCACUUUGAAAACAAGUUCGUAACCGAGACCCAGAUCUGCAAGGCUUGAAGGGAAAAGUGUCUCCGAGUGUGACGGGCGUGCGAGCAAGAGGGAGAGAGUUGGCAUAGGAUGAAAGUGGAGGAGGAAACCCCGUUGAGCCGAGAUUUCUGUUUUUAUUUGCAUUCCCCUGCUUCAUCCCCCAGUGACUUGUGGAUUUCAGUUCUAGCCUCCUCUGCUACGUUCUCCUCAACCCGUAUUGGUCUUAGCUCUCAAGUAUUAGUCUCGUGCUAACAAACGGCAUUCCUCCUGUUAGCUGGGGAUUUACUUAGGUUUCAUUUCCUCUGUUGUGUUGCUGUACUUUCCUGCAGACUCAACUCAUCGUUAUGCAUCUGGUGUUCAACAUCUGACAUUACAGCAGUGUGUGUGUGCGCGCGCGCCCUUGUGUGUGUGUGUGUGUGUGUGUGUGUGUACGUGUUAUUUCGAGCAGCUUUGCAAACUUACAAGGAGAUGUACAGAAUUCUACUAUGUAUUCUAUUCUUAUGUUAUACUACAAUAGCACUAAUCACCGUGGAAAUGUCAGUUGCUGUCGUACGCUGUCCUUUCCUGGAAGUCUGCUGUCCUGCUGUAUGAUGUGUUUCUAAUGAUGAAGUAUAGCUCCCUCUAGGACUAAGUGCUUGUGUUCAACCUCUUUUUUUGUCCAAAUGCUCACUUAAAAAGUGUGAUAUUGUUUUCUUUUAGUCAGAUCAUUUGAACUACUGUAUCGUGUCCCGGCAGUCCUCACAAGGCGUAAUAAAUAAGUUUGUGUAUAUUCAGUAUUCCCUGUACGCAGGGCCGCCCCUCCCUAAACGCAGAUAGCCAACUGUGCUUAGGGCCCCGCGAUCCAUGCAAGCGUGAGUGAGUAAGCUCAUGUAAAAUGUCAGGUAAUGACUGACAAAUAUUCCGAGCCACUUCCUGCUCUGUCACCGGUGAGAGUAUGUUGGCAAAUUACCCCAGAUAAUCUCAUUGACCCCAAGUGGUGCACAGAGUUUAAAGUGCUGGGCUGGUAAACAGGGGAGCUGUUUUAAUCAUGUUAUAUUUUGCACUUUAGAAAAAUAAUAAUUGAACAACUUAUUUCCCAUAAAUUAAUUUUAGUAUUAAACAGCUUUCAAGUGAAAUUUAAGUUUGAUUAAGGAAAGUAUAAAGAUGGUUUCACAUGAAUAAACCAGUGAAACAUUUUUGUAUUUGGGGGCCCCCAAUUUAGGUAGGAGCGGCCUUGCCUGUAUAGAUAUUGGAACCUCCUAUUUGCAUUGAGUUGUGUCAGAAAUGUAAUAAUUUGGACUUUAAUAAGAAUACUUAUCGGUGUUUGGCAGUGACAAACGAAGAGACCCAUCACAGGAAGACAAUCACACAGGAAGUGUGCGUUUUAUCCCAACUUUGUAACAGGAGUGAUUACAUGAAUAUUAGAUACAACACAGAUGUGUAGAUAUGAUCUCACUUUGUUUGGUGAAUAAAGUAGAAUUGACCUACUUAA